AUGAAAUGUCCUCCACCCACUUCCGGUUUCUUCCCAGACAAAAAUAACUGCGCCUAUUUUCUACAAUGUACAUCAAAUAAACGGUACAGAACAAGGUGUCCAGGUGGAACUCUUUUUGACGAACAUAUUAAAAGAUGUAACCACAAAGAGUUUGUGACGUGCUGGAGUAAGAUCAAAUGUCCUCAUCCAAUGGGACUCUUCAGUCACCCACAUGAUUGUGGAAAGUACCUGAACUGUUUUGCUAAUAUACCUUACGUACAGUCGUGUCCAGCCGGGUUACAUUUUAAUAUGGCUAUGGGUUAUUGUGAUUUUCCAAGUAACGCCAUGUGUGCCACUGGUGGAAAUAAAGGACAUGGCAACAAAGGACAUGGCAAGACACACAAGAAACUGUUGUUUGAUUUGAAAACUUUAUUUGGGAUAUAA